CCGCUCCAAUGACGCUGGUCUAAUAGAUACCAGCAGCGAAAAUGGCGGCGCUACGAGCUACGGUGCUCUCGGGCAGUGGGAGAGCGCUCCUGAGCACCCCGAAAACCAUCAAGACUCCCACGGCAAACAUGUCCUUCUCGGCUCUCCCACGGGGUAAGAAGGUGGCCCUGACUACGAUUGGGGUGCUCACAGCAGGAGGAGCUGGGCUGGCUCUGGCUCUGCAUCAGUCGGUCAAAGCCUCGGAUCUGGAGCUGCAUCCACCUCAUUAUCCAUGGAGCCAUGCAGGGCCCCUGUCGGCUCUCGACCACGCCAGCGUGCGCCGUGGAUACCAGGUGUACAAACAGGUGUGCUCAGCCUGCCACAGUAUGGAGUACCUGGCCUUCAGAAACCUGGUGGGAGUAUCGCACACGGAGGCUGAGGUCAAGGCCAUUGCUGAAGAGGCAGAGGUUGUGGACGGACCUGAUGAAAAUGGAGAGAUGUUCACUCGUCCUGGAAAGCUGUCGGAUUAUUUCCCAAAGCCAUAUCCAAACGCUGAAGCCGCUCGAGUGGCCAACAAUGGAGCGCUGCCCCCGGACCUCAGCUACAUCGUCAAUGCCAGGCACGGAGGAGAGGACUACGUUUUCAGCUUGUUGACCGGUUACUGCGAGCCGCCUGCAGGGGUCUCUGUGAGGGAAGGACUGUAUUAUAACCCCUAUUUCCCAGGACAGGCUAUUGGUAUGGCCCCACCCAUCUACAACGAGAUCCUGGAGUAUGAUGAUGGAACUCCUGCCACCAUGAGUCAGGUGGCUAAAGAUGUGUGCACGUUCCUGAGGUGGGCUGCUGAGCCAGAGCAUGACCAGCGCAAACGCAUGGGACUGAAGCUUCUCAUGGGCUCCGCUAUCCUCCUGCCUCUGCUUUACUACAUGAAGAGGCACAGGUGGUCCGUACUCAAGAGCAGGAAGAUCGCCUACAGACCUCCAAAAUGAAACUACUAUACUCCCAGACCUUCAAAAUAAGACAUCACAACACAACUACCAA